AUGGAGACUGAAAAUGAACUAGAGCCCAAAGAAGGAUUGACAAUAAUGCUUCCUCUACCACCAGGAACUUUCCAAGACCGUGAAGACCUCAUUAAACAUGUGCGUGACUUUGGUGCCAAUGAAGGAUAUGUUGUGACCAUCAAGAAGUCCAUAAAAGAUAGAAGAGUCAUUCUUGGAUGUGACAGGGGAGGUGUCUAUCGUAAUAGGCGCAAAAUUGAGGAAAGUAAGCGCAAAAGGAAAGCAAUUUCACGCCUUAUAAACUGUCCUUUUGAAGUCAUAGGUAAAAAACAAGAUGACAUGUGGCUACUCACUAUAAAAAAUGGAGAUCACAAUCAUGAACCAUUGAAAGACAUGUCAGAACAUCCUUAUAGUCGACGUUUCACUGAGGAACAAGUCAAACAAAUCAAACUUAUGACUGAAGCUGGUAUAAAACCUCGUCAAGUGCUUAAAACUCUCAAGCAAAGCAAUCCACAACUUCAGUCAACGCCACGCCAUUUAUACAACCUCAAAGCAAAGAUUCGUCAGGGAAAGCUAUCAGUCAUGGAGGCAGAUAGAUCUAUGUCUGUUGAGGGGAAUAACAGUUCAUCUGAUGGUUCAUUAAACCAAAACUACCACCUGGUCCCUAAUUUUAUUGGGGGUAAAUGUGUAGAUUCUCAAGGUUGUGUAAUUGCUAAUGUUACAAAUCCUUUUUUUAUUGAACAUAAUUUUGAGAAAUUUAUCUUUUCUCGGGCAACACAAGAAGUUGUAUCUCAAGUUCCUUUGACCACAUAUGAAGAGUUUAAAGCAGCAGUUGUUGCAGCCAAGCAAGCAUUUCCUUCAUGGAAAAACACUCCUAUUACCACUCGUCAACGUAUUAUGUUUAAACUUCAGGAUCUUAUUCGCAGAGAUAUUGAUAAGCUUGCCAUGAACAUCACCAUAGAACAAGGAAAGACAUUAAAGGGUGCCAGAGGAGAUGUGCUUCAUGGUUUAGAGAUGGUCGAGCAUGCUUGUGGGAUGGCAAAUCUGCAAAUGGGAGAAAUUGUUCCUAAAGCUUAUAAUGGAAUUGAUACAUACUGCAUCAGAGAUCCCCUUGGAGUUUGUGCUGGAAUAUGCCCGAUUAACUUUCCUGCAAUGACACCCUUGUGGAUGUUCCCUAUCGCGAUAACAUGCGGCAACACUUUUAUUCUUAAGCCAUGUGAAAAUAAUCCAGGAGCUUCAAUGAUACUUGCAGCAUUAGCAAUGGAAGCUGGUUUGCCCGAUGGUGUUUUAAACGUGCAAAAUAUUGGCCAGGAAUCUCUAAGGAUAUCAGAGAUUGUUAAUUACAUAUGCGAUGAUGAGGAUAUAAAAGCUGUGUCAUUCAAUGGUUCAAUUACAAUCCGAAUCGGCCAAAGAGGUGCGGCCUAUGGCGCCAACUCGGCCUAUGUCACCAUUCAUAGUUCGAACCAGACCGGUUUGAUUGUUUAUGAAUAA